AUGCCGAAGCUUGCUGUGCUCAAUGAGGCAGAGGAGGAAGUUCCGGAAGGCGCAAAUGCUGCCGAAGUGGUUGUAGGCAUUGCAGACAUGAUCGGAAUAGACAUUGUCAACGAGCCUCAGUUCUUAUGGAUCGCUGAAGAAGCAUCGCGAGCACACAUUCCUCCCGACUGGAAGGAGCUAACGAACGAAGAUGGAGAGGUGCUGUAUUAUCAUACGCAGGAGCGCAAGCUCCAAAAGGUGCAUCCUCUCAUCUUGAGAUAUCAGGAGGUCUAUUUCAAAGCUCGGAGCUACACGAAGCAGCUUGAGAGCGGUCAGAUAGGCAACUUGCUCGAGCAAACUGAUGCCAAGAUGGCUGCUAUAACAGCUUCGGUGAUGGGGCGAGCGUCAAAAGGCUUGCCUCCAGCGACUCCGGAAGUUGUUGAAAGCCUGGCGAGGGUUCUCGGCGUAGAGAGCACGAAGGAAUUCUUCCUGUUCCGCGUUGUGAAGCAGACCAUCGAGGCAUAUGUGGAGAAGAAGUUGGACUUGAGCAGCAUCGUGCAGGAUCUGAAGGAUCCCAUCGAGUUCCUGCGUCAGAUACGCAAGAAGCAAAAUCAGGUUGAUGUCAUACGGAAGCCCACAACGGUGGUAAUGUGCCAAGAAUGCGAAAACCGGGCGGCCGUGUUAAAGUGCGAGCAAUGCAAGGAUUUCUUCUGCCAGGAUUGCUUCAACAGCACACAUGCUACCGGGAAGCGACGUGCACACAUAACAUCUGAUGUGGAGCAGCUGGUGUGUGCUGCUUUCGAGGAUCGCGUAGCCACGUGCCAGUGCGUCCAGUGCGGUCUCUUCUACUCUGAUGAGGGCUUCAUGCAUGUGCAUGCCUGGGAUGCUGCGCGUCCAGACUUGCGAAACCAUCUGAAGCGGGUCAUCAAUGGCUUAGUAUGCCUUGAGUGCGAGCACUACAACGCUUCCGUGCUUUGUGAGGUAAGCUUUGGAAUUCGGAACUUGCUUCUCAGCCUGAUCGGUUUCAUGCCCAAAUAUGCUCAACCAGGAGGCUCGGCCGAGCCUCCUGCAAUCACACGUGAGGAGGGAGUGCCAGGAAUACUGUGCGAGCGCGUGCCGUUGCAGGAUUGCGUUGACCUCUUCUGCACCGAGUGCUUCAUCAGGCCUAGCUCGCUUUUGGCAUCGCUGCUUGAACACAUUUUGGAGAAGCCCAACGAGUGGCGGCAUUGCUUACGGGCUUGGUAUGCUUUAAGGACAACACUGGACAGAUCUUUCGCGGAGGAUUUCUUGUGCCUCCGGAAGAAGCGCAGGUUACUGAACCACCUGCUGCCAUCCACAGCAUCCAUCGAGUUCAGGGCCUGCCUCGCCAACGCGCAGGGGCAUGGCAGUCGAGAACGAGAGCAGCGACAGAACGCCAUGAAUUUGGGAAUCCUGCCCAGCCCGACAGACCGGACCUUGGCCCAGAAGUUCCUCAGCGCCUUCUUCUGCAGGCAGAUAGCGGAGGAGGCACCCGUGGAGCUCGAUCCCGACGUGUCCAACGCAGCCAUCGCACGGCAGCUGAAGGAGCUCGCAGAGGCGUACUCUGCAAGGGGAGAUCGCUGGCGCAGCUGGCAACUGGCCAAGGCCGAGCGCUUGGUCCGUACAUGGCCAGAGCCCUUGCGGCAGCCUGAGGACUUCGAUCGCAUCGCCGGACUCGGCCCGAAGACGCGGGAGAAGUGCCGGGAGAUCUUGGCCACUGGCGGGCUUAAUCGCCUCGAUGCUGUGCGAGGUGACGAGGCAACGAAGAUCCUGCAGGACUUCACCUGCAUCCACGGGGCAGGGGAGUCGGUGGCGCGCAGGGUCACCGGGGAAAACGAACACGAGCAAAGUGAAUAUGAGCAGAAAGAGAACGAAUACGAGUAG